CAUCAGCUCCAUGGCAUCAGCGUGGUCCUGCUGGCUCCUCCUGCUGCUCCUGCCUGCCCUGACCCAUGCUGGGGGGCCCGGUCCUGUCCUCGUCAACCGCCCCUUUGUCACCAUCUGGAACAUCCCCACUGAGCGCUGCGCCCAGGAGCACAAUGUCACCCUCAGCCUGGAGGUCUUUGAUGUGUUGGCCAAUGACCACGAGUCCUUCACCGGGCAGGACAUCACGCUCUUCUACAGCGACAAGAUUGGUCUCUUCCCCUACUACACAUCUGAGGGGGUGCCAGUGAAUGGGGGGCUCCCCCAGAAUGCCAGCCUGGAGGCUCACAUCCACCAGGCCACCCAGGACAUCAAGGUGACCCUGCCCAGCCCUGACUACGCUGGGCUGGCUGUCAUCGACUGGGAGAAGUGGCGCCCACUGUGGAUCCGCAACUGGGGCUCCAUGGAGAUCUACCAGCAGAAGUCAGAGGAGCUGGUGCAGCAGCAGCACCCGCAGUGGCCUCCCAAGGAGGUGGAGGAGAUGGCCAAGCAGCAGUUUGAGAAGAGCGCCUGCGAUUUCAUGAACAGGACCCUGUGGCUGGGUGAGAGCCUCCGUCCCAGCGCCUACUGGGGCUACUACGGUUUCCCUGACUGCUACAACAAUCACUUUGAUUUGCCCUACAACGGGACGUGCCCAGAUGUGGAGCAGCAAAGGAACAAGAACCUGUCCUGGCUCUGGAGGAGCAGCCGGGCGCUCUACCCCAGCAUCUACCUGCCCCUGUGCCUCAAUGGCACCAGCAAGGUUCUCCCCUACGUGCGGCACCGCGUGGCCGAGGCCUUUGCCGUCCAGCAGGGAGUCCUGGACAGAGCCAUCCCCGUCCUGCCCUACUCCCAGAUUGCCUUCGAGCACACUCUGCACUUCCUUUCCCAGGAGGACCUGGUGAACACCAUCGGGGAGAGCGCGGCUCAGGGUGCUGCUGGCAUCAUCUUCUGGGGCAGCCUGGACUACAGCACCUCCAAGGAGAUGUGCCUGAGGCUGAAGGACUACGUGGAGGGUCCCCUGGGCCACUACAUUGUCAAUGUGACAGCCAGUGCUGCCCUGUGCAGCCAGAGCCUGUGCUCCGGGCAGGGCCGCUGCGUGCGCCGGGACAAGCAGCAGGGCUACCUGCACCUGGACCCCUCCCGCUUCUCCAUCGACCUGCACGCUGCCAAGCCCUGGCUGGUGACACAGAGCCUGGAGCCUGGGGAGGACAUCUCCACACUGGCCAAGGAGUUCAGCUGCCAGUGCUAUGACAAGUGGCAGGGACCCCGCUGUGACACCCAGGGCUUAGACAAGUGACCCCCCACACAAUCCUCUCACUCUGGGGACGCUGGGGCACACAGGGUGACACUACCUCAGCACCCUUGCCAUGGGGUUGAGUACCUGACUGUGGGACUCUUAAUAAAACCAGGAAGCA